AUGUUUGACAUAUUCGCCCACCUCUUAUCAUCCAUCGCUUCCUUCCUCUUCCCCCUCUUCGCCUCUUACAAGGCCCUCAAGACCUCCGACCCGGCACAACUGACACCAUGGCUCAUGUACUGGGUCGUCCUUGCCUGCGUACUCCUCGUGGAGUCUUGGACCGAAUGGAUCCUCGUCUGGAUCCCCUUCUACGCCUAUAUCCGCCUCCUGUUCCUCCUCUAUCUCGUCCUUCCCCAAACCCAAGGCGCCCGCAUCAUCUACCAAACCCACGUCCACCCUUUCCUGCAAGACAACGAGGCCCAAAUCGAAGAGUUCAUCUCCGAGGCCCACGACAAAUUGAAAGCCGCCGGCAUCGCCUACCUCAAACGCGCAAUCGAGCUCAUCAAGACAAACGUCCUCGGCCUGCCCCCAGGCGACCCCGAACCCGCGCCCCAGCCCUCCGCUGCAGCCGCUCCUGCCGGCCACCCACCGCAGUCCUACACGCAGUCCCUCCUCGCCCGGUUUAGCGUCCCCGCCGCGCGCUGGGCUCCCGCUGCCGGAACUGGCCACACAGGCGCUGACUUUUACAACCUCCUCGCCGGCGCCUACUCCGCCGCUACCGGUGGGGGACAGCACCAGGACCUGUCCAAGUCCGGCUCCAUUAUCCCGCCGAACCUCCAGGGUGGCGAGAGGACGAGCUUCAUCGCCGCCCAGCGUGAGCGUCUCGCCUUCCUCCUCAAGGCACUCGAGCGUGAGGAGGCAGCGACGUCAUCGUCGGCGCAUCCCGAAACUUUUAGCCGCUCCCUGGGGAGCAUGCAGCUCGACGGCAGCGAGGAGGAGGAAGUGACGCAGAGACCGCCGAGCGCGCACAGCGGACUCAGCAAAUCGCGGAGUGAGACCGAUUUCGAAAAGAUUGACGCUGAGAGCGGGGCCGAGGACCUCGGUGGCGAUGACGAGGACGGAUCCGUUAGGCGGAGGCAGACGAGCGGGGGAUCGUCGUGGAUGCCGUGGGGAUGGGGCGCUACACCGACGGCUGAGAAUCCCGAGGGUGGAUCUAGCUCGGGCGUGCACAAGUGA